AUGUCGCUGAUAGAUAGAAUAUCAUCACUUCUCGUAAGGGUUCCGUUUUAUAAAGGCUAUAGUUUCUCAUCUGACAAAAGCAGCUGGGGUACUCGUCCAUUAUAUUCUGGAAACAGUAUUGGUUCAGGAGUACUUGGUAUUCAAGAGUCGCAGGAAAAAAUAUGUUUUAUAUUGAAGUGUCCAGUUUGGACAGUAAAUGUUAGGUUCCCAGCUGUAUUUUCACUCUCUGAACGAAUACCGUACUGGAUGAGUCAUUUGCGAAAUGAAACGUUGCGCCUGGAAUUUCAUAACGUAGUGUUGGAACUGCCAGUCUCUGAAAUCACACAGCUUUGCCGUUUGGGUCGAGUGACGCUUUCAGCGUCAGAACUGCUUGGAUUCUUCUUUGGAGUGAACAGUGUUUCCCAAUUUGAUGGUGACGACAUGGAGUUUCUGUACGCUAGCUGUAGAAGGAAGGAACAAGGUGACGGUGUAAGAAUACAAUUUGAUUAUGAUUUUCGUGACAGCAGCCUUGAAGAUGGUAAAUUAAACGAGUGCUUGAAGGAAACGAGCAGUGAGGAACUUGUUGGAGGUUUUAAGCGUGAAUUAGAUCAUGAAUCCCUAAACAGCGAUCAAGGGGCAUCCUUUCUAAAGAAAGAGGACGUAGUGAGUUGCGCGGCAAAUGGUGACAGCCCUUUUUCCGUAGAUGUCACUUUUUAUGAAGGAGGAGAGGUUAAAAGAGUAGGAAAGCGCGAAGAAUUGUCUGCUUUUGGGAACCGAAGUACUAAACAUUCGCACCUUAGAAUUAAAGUUUUUACUGGUUACUUGAAACUACAGCUGCCAAGCCACCAUUUUUGUGAGGUGCUGUACAAUCGACUUGUAAAUGAUUUCGCUCUUUGGGAAUGGAGUUCUCCACUUCUAAAACAAUUUUUUUCUUCUCGUGGGGAACGGUUAGCUGAUGAUUCGGAAAAAUCGGAUAAAGGAAAAUCGUUGGAGACGACUACUGGAGAUUCUGCAAACGUAUUUGUUUCUAAGCCAUCUGUUAAAGAGAUGAAUGUGUGCAUCGAACCUAAUUCUAGCCAAGACGUUCCUUAUGAACUUGUUGUUGAUGAUAAUGUUGCAAUUGCGCUGCAUUCCAGUUAUGAAGCGGGCAAAAAUUUCAAGAAUACUGUGGUAGCUUUUUCACUCAAGAAUAGCACUUGUCACAUUGAACCCUUCUCGAAUUCUGGGAACCGAUGGGUCACCAAAUUAGUUGAUUUUUUAAAAAUCGAGGACUAUUUGGUUGAAGGAUAUUCGCAGCCGUCGAUUGAUGCAGAAAUUCAUGUUCACUUGGCUUCAACAACUUUAGCUUGUUCUCAUUUGGAUUCGGAAACUUCUUUGAAGUUUCUUGUUGGGUCUAGCGACUUGUCCUGCAAUAUCUCCUCUAACUCCAAAAGAUAUAAGUUUGGUUGCAUACUGGAAGAGAGUAGUUUGCUGCUUGGCACAUGUGGCGAUCGGUCUUCAAAAGUCAGUUCUGGAAAAUCGUCUGUUCCACAGACAAGACCUUACUUCGUUAAAUUGGUUUCAUUGGAUAAUUUAAAUUUUGAGGUAUUAGCGGAUGGCACUCUUUUUGAUCAAGAUAGCUCGUCUGCGGAAAGAAUGCAGACACCUUGUAAAGUAACAUGCAGUCAUGGUUCAAUUAAGCUUUAUGCCUGUGCCGAUUCCUUGACUCUUUUCCUCAAUUUACUCUUGAGUGCAGCGGAAGCUAAACAGAGUGGUACAGCAUCAACCUCUUCAAGUAAUUCUCCACAGCCUCCAGAUGAAGGUUCUUUUGGAUCUGCGUACCACCCAGAUCUGGAAGUAGGCUCAUUGUCAAAUGGACCCAGUUUAUCUGACGAAACAAAUACCAGCUUUCCUAAAGAUGAAAACUGUACUGACUUAUUAUGUGAGGAUUUUUUACUAAUUGGGGUGUCAUCGGGUUCUGGUAUUAUGAGUAGCUCUCAAGAAGAACCUCAAGUGCACCUUUAUGAUAAGGAAAAUGAAGGUUCGCUUGAUGUAGAUGUCGGAUUUAUUGAGAUUCCGAAUGAAAAAAAUUAUAUGAUGCCUUCAAAAAUUAAAAGUAUGACUACAUCUGUUAUGUGUACCGUACAGGACUUGUCUUUAGAGUUACACUUCUUUGGAGGAAACGAUUUUGGCCCAGAGAGGGAUCAGGAGAAAGCAUACAGUGAUAAGGCUUUUCGCAGUGGGCAGGGUUGCGACCAAAGAGUUCUAGAAGAAGAAAAAGGCGGUCCUUACAGAGAUUAUUCGGUCCACGUAGUCUUCGAAUUAUCAAAAAUGAACUAUGAAUAUGGCUUCAUCAAAAGUGCCACUCCUUUGAAUUAUCAUUAUUUUACUGUGAAGAACAUUGAAGUGCGAAACAGGCUUCGUACUUCUCGGAUUGAUAAAUUGAUGCUACAGUAUUCCUCUGCUGAAGUUCCUCGACGAGAUUCUGCCCCCAUACUUGCCGUCAGACUAGUGGAGAAUCAAAGGUCAGAGGCGAAAUUGCGAGUUUCUUUGUUACCUCUCAGGUUAUACCUGGAUGUUGACACACUCGAGUUUCUUUACGACUUUUUCACUGAGGCUUUAUCAUUUUUUACAAGUUCAGGAUAUGUUGUUACAGAAUCGGCGGCUCGACAAGAAAAAAUUCUAUCUCGUCGUACCGUUUCUUCCUCACAUUCGGCUUCGGAAAUCUACGUAGAGGAUUUUAAUGCAAAAAGUCCACCGCUUAUUCAGUCGAACGAUUCGACGGGACAUCUCUCUGGUGAAAAAGGUUCGAAACCUAUGAUGAAUUUGGACUACGUCGGCUCAUCGUCGUUACCAAAUCGAGACUUCUCAAGUUCACUGCUUUCUUAUGAACCAGGAGACAAGGGAAUUGGCAGCAUUGGAAGUGCCCCAACUGUGGAACAGCAGAACAGUGAUGCUGAGGGAAGCUCGUGUUAUCAUUUAGAUAGCAAACUCUAUCCUCCGUUAGACGAAAGAAGAUUCAGUGGUUCUGACUUACAGCGGGAGGAUGGAUUAUAUUUUAAGGAGUUUACUUUCUCGCCUUCAGUUCUUAUUCGUCUUGACUUUGACAGCCAACGGGUCGUCAGUCAUCGAGGCGCUUUAGUGACUCUAAUAACUGCAUUGACGAAUUUGCAGUGCGCUGAAAUUAUUUUAAGAGAUCUUCAUAACGUUGAUGGGAUGGUUGGAAUUAAACGGUGCAUUGAUUUUGCUUUUAAAGAGUGGACAAGAGAUAUUGGUAGUAACCAGUAUACUCAGUUGAUUAGCAGCUAUGCACCUUUAAGUACACUGGUUCAGCUAGGAAAAGGAUUGAAAGACUUGCUUGUUAUGCCUGUUGACGAAUACAGGAAAGAAGAUGGGCACGUAGUAAGAGGACUGCAGAGAGGCGCGCAAAGUUUUGGGUUUUCGACUGCUGCAGCACUUGUCGACGUUACUAGAAAAAUGUUUGGAGGGAUCCAGGGGCUUGCUGAAUUUGCCUUAAGUGUUGUGUCGACUGAAAGAUCUUCUAGUGACAUGUCUUCUAAACGGAUUUCUCUUGCUGGACAAGGUCGUCCAAGUGAUUUGAAGCAAGGGUUUCAUAUGGCCUUAGAAACUGCGAAAGAGGGGGUACUUGCCUUGCAAAAGGGUGCCGAACAAAGUACAUCAAUCGCACGCGGGCCGGUGGGCUAUAUUCGAGAGUUUCCACCUGCACUUCUUGGAACAGUAGCUGUUGGAACUAAGAUGGCUGUUCAACUUCUCGAUGGUUUAAAAAGCCAGCUUGAACCAGCUGCUUACCAGUAA